AAGACUCAAGAUGAUUGCUCUGAUCUUCACAGUAUUAUUUGGAACGAGAGCGGUGCUGGGUACCCAGGAGGCCUGCAGGUCGGGCAAGUUCACCUCCUCUGGCGAAUGCUGCAUCCAGUGCCAGCCUGGAGAAGGCGUCCUGAAAGAGUGCGGCCCAGACCAGACAGUGUGCACGCCAUGCCCGGACAGCGAGCAGUUCUCCCCCAGCUGGAGCCACACUGAGCGCUGUCAGCAGUGCACGCGCUGCACGGGCCUGAUGCGCAUGGACACGCCCUGCACCGACACCAACGACGCCACCUGCGUGUGCGACUACAACUACUACGCCCACCCUCUGGGCGGCUGCGCCCCCUGCACCGUGUGCCCCGUGGGCUCGGGCGUGCUCAUGCGCUGCACGCCGCAGCAGGACACGGUGUGUGAGCCGUGUGUGAACGAGCUGUACUCGGGCGACGACAGCGCGCUGGACCCCUGUCUGCCCUGCACCAUCUGUGAGGACGACGAGGUGCUGCUGCAGGCCUGCACCAGGACUACGGACACGCUGUGCCUAGUUGUGUUCUACACGUCGUCCGUGGGCCCCUCGACGGGCACCCCGACGCCCCCGUCCGACCCCACGUCCUCGUACGACCCGACCCCCGAGAGCGCCACCACCACGCCCUUCAUCCUCAACUCAACGCUCAUCCCCAUCUACUGCUCCAUCCUUGCGGCCGUGCUCGCAGGCCUGCUCGCCUUCAUCAUCUUCAAGAGGUGGAAUAGCUGCAAGCAAAAUAAGCAGGGUGCGGGCAUACGCACAGGCACUGCCAACCCCAGCCAGACGCCGUCGCCCGAGGGGGAGAAGCUCCAUAGCGACAGCGGCAUCUCUGUGGACAGCCAGAGUCUGCAGGAGCAGCUGCAGCAGGGAACACACACAGUGGUGAAGAUAGAUGGGGGUCCGUGUGCGGUGUUGCCGCUGCACUCGUGUGAGGAGGUGGAGAAGCUUCUGAUCCAGGGAGGGGAGGGGCACGACAUGACGCAGAAAACCGAUUGGUGCAGCCUGGCGGGGUUGCUAGGAUACGAGGAGGAGCGCAUCGCCACCUUCAGCAAGGAGGAGCGGCCUAUCCAGGCCCUGCUCACCGAUUGGGCGAGCCAAGAUUGCGCCAGCGUGGACACGCUCUGCUCCGCCCUGAGGAAGAUCAACCGCGACGACAUCGUGCAGAGCCUCGGCGUCAAGCCCACCGCCACGUCCGCCGUGUGAACACACACACACUC